CACGACAUUUCCGCGGAUCGAUGGAGGCAAGCGAACACACGGACAAGCCUCUGUCGCCGGCGAAGAGUUUGAUUUGCCGCUCUCAGGCUGUUCGUGUCCUAGCAGGGCGGCCAUGUCGCUAAGAACGGGCACUCCCGCCUUUAGCGUCGAAUCCGUCCUACAUCUCUCUGCCAAGCGUCAGCGCGCAGCGAACCUGCAUUUUCCUCCCAUCUCUCACCUCUGCCCAUCCCAACCUGCCCCAUCUUGCCGUUCGUCUAUAUCGUUUUGGGCCCAUCUUUGUUACCGAGCUCGCAGCGUGGCUCUUGUAUAGUAUUCCUUUGGUCCAGGAAAGGGGCGCUGGCAGCCCGAGAGCGGCGGCGAAAGUGUUGAGGCACGAUGAAUGCGCCAGACAGAUUCACACAGUUCCUCCUCGAGCCCGACGAGAAGAAGGUUGAAUGGGAGUUCGACACCCGUGUCGCAAAUACCGCCAUAUUCAAGUUCAAGAAGGAGGACCACACGCUCGGCAACCUCAUAACCCAGCGCCUACACCAGUACAAGUUCAUCCAGUUCAGCGCAUACCGCGUGCAGCACCCUCUUUUCGCCGAGUUCGAGCUCCGCGUGACCACGGACGGCAGCCUGACGCCAAAGGAGGCCAUAUUGAAGGCGUGCCAGGAUAUCAUUUCCGAUCUGAACGCCCUGGGCAGGGAGUUCACCAAGGAGUGGGAGUUGAAGAAGAUCGCGGGAGAGCAUGGCGCUGGAAUGGAUGGCUUUUGAUAGAGCCUUGCUUUCUGGAAGGGGGUUUAAUCUGAUGGCGUAGCAAAGCAUUCAGAACGAGGCGUUCGCGGAGAAUUGACACGGGAGGCAACGAGCAUCACGUAGAACGGCCGGCGGCUGCAUUGGCGGACUACAGAAAAGAGACGUUUAAAAAAAGGGAAAUGCUUGCUUACAUGAAUGAUAAUUGCUAGUACGAGCUCUUUUGAUCUACUAGAGGAUUUCAGCUGUUGUGUGUUC